AUGCAACAUCGUUCCUUUCCUAAAGAUAAGCUCUCACGCUUGUUUCCCGUCAUUGAGGCGCGAAUGUCUGACUCAGGCUCAUUGGAUAACCUCUUAGAGUGGCUGUAUCACCUGAGCGACCGAUCUCUACCAGAAUGCAUUAUGAGUUUGAUACCAGAGCCUUGGCAUAAGGGUGACCCUCAUUUGGAACCAAAUGCUAACGAUGCUGGAGAAGAUGAAGAUGAUGUGGAGGUAGGAAAAGAAGCCGGUGGAAAUGAGAGCCCAAUGUUGGCCUUAACAAGGGCCUUCUAUAAAUGGAGCGCCUGUAGUCUCGAGCCUUGGGAUGGACCUGGUAAGUUAUAA